AUGUUCGCUCGUAUCUCUGUCUCAGCUCUUCUGGCUCUACCCCUCCUUGCCAGCGCUGGUGUGAUCCCUGUCGUCCUUCCCCGUGACGAUAUUACGAGCAGACAACUCUCCGACAUCCUCUGCCCUGCCCCGUAUCCUCUUCCCUUAGUUGAAGAAUCCAACAAACGUACUGUUGUUACGGGCAGACAGGUUGUCACGAUCUCCCCGGUCAUCUCCCCAGUCCUUCGUCGCGAAGAAUCGUAUGAUGGUGCUAUUAUUACAGGCAGGAAUGCACCUGCAGCACCAGCCGCACCGGCCGCGCCUGCAGCACCGGCAGCACCUCCCGCCGCACCAGCACCUGCAGCGCCUGCCGCACCAGCUGCUCCUGCAGCACCUCCUGCAGCACCUGCACCAGCCGCACCCGCAGCGCCAGCAGCACCUCCUGCCGCGCCAGCAGCACCAGCAGCACCAGCAGCGCCUGCCGCGCCUGCCGCACCAGCGCCCAGCGGCGGUAACGGCGCCGCUUGCACCGCAACUGGUACGGCGCAGUGCUGUGAUUCUACUCAGAGCCCCACCGACUUGAGUGCCCCCGUUUCAACCCUCUUGGCCCUCCUCGGAGUCGCCGUCGGUCAGCUCACUGGCAAUGUCGGUUUGUCCUGCAGCCCCAUCUCCGUCAUUGGUGUUGGCGGAACCCAGUGCAACAACCAAGUCGUCUGCUGUGAUAACAAUAACUUCAACGGCCUUGUUUCUCUUGGCUGCACCCCCCUCAAUGUCGGGCUCUAA